AUGCAGAAGCGCUUUCUCCCCUCCACCACCUACCUCCUCAUCCCUGUCCUGCCACCGCGUGUCAUCCCGCUCCCUCCCUCCAACCCCCUUUCUCCCCUCGCGCACCCCUCUCCCUUCCCCCUUCCGCGCCACCCUCCCACCCCCCCCUUCUCCCCCCUUUUUCCCUCGUCCCCCCUUGGUGCGCGCAGCCAUGGAGCUGGCGGUGGAGCAUCUAACGCCCCCUGCGUCUCCCACGGUCAUAUCAUCCCUCCCCCCCACCCCCCUUUCCCUCCUUCCCCGUCGCGGCCCCUCUCCCUCUCACCCCCCCGUCUCCCCCCGCGGCCGCCCAUGGUGCGCGCAGCCAUAGAGCUAACGUGCACCGUGCGCGCAGCCAUGGAGCUAGUGGUGGAGCAUCUCACUCAUGCACCUCCGCCCCCACUUCUUUCCCCCCCUCCCUCCCCCCCCCCCAUGGUGCGCGCAGCCAUGGAGCUAGCGGUGGAGCAUCUCACGCCCCCCGCCUCCCCCGCGCCGCUGGCGCUUGACUUUGCCAACGCCAGCGCUGCUGACGCCUUCCAGGCCGAGGCUGCCGCGUUGGAUCUGCUACUGGGGACGCCACCCCCCUCGGUGCUGCUGGGCCCAUCCACGUCCCUGCAGACCUCCGUUGUGGGCCCCAUCGCCUCCGUCAUGCAGGUGCCGAUGCUAGCGUAUGCUGCAACGGACCCGCUGCUGAACGCGAACGCGCAGCUGCCCUACUUUGUGCGCGUGCACUACGAUGACUAUGCCCAGAUGGCCGUCGUUGCUGACCUGGUGGGGUUCUACAACUGGACGCAAGUGGUGGCGCUCUUUGAGAGCACUGACAGCGCAUGGAACGGCUUCCAGUCCCUCACUCGCCUGCUGCAACAGCGGGGCACGGCACGGGUGGUGGCGUCGUGGCAGUUUGACAGCGCAGUGAGCGCGGAGACGGACGUGAUGGCAGCAUUCCUGCAGGUGCGGGCAGUGGAGGCGUCGGUGUUCGUGCUGCACCUGCACAGCCCCACCACCAUCCGUAUCGUUCUAAAGACAGCGGCGCAGCUGGGGCUGUUCACGGCGGGGUACGUGUGGAUCGCCACUGCGGGCGUCAUGUCUGUUCUCUCCACUGACCACGCUCUCUCCCCCAUCCUCGUCGGCUGUGAGGGCAUGCUGGGCACGCUACCGUUUGACGUGCCCACAGCACGACUGGCGGACGUGCAGCAGGCCAUCAAGGCCAGGGCCAACACAGCGCUCGCCACCCUGCAGUCCCCAGACGAGGCACUGCGGCAGGCCAUAUCAGCCUAUGACGCCGUGCAUCUCGCUGCCUAUGCCGCAGUUGCUCUCUCCCGCGCCCCCCCGCCCCCUCCCGCGCCCUCUCCUCCCCCUGGUGCUGCGCCCUCGCCCCCUCCCAGCCCCGUGGCUGGCACCAACCCCAGCUUCCAGCAGCUGGAGGUGCAUAAAGGGUGUCAUUCAGACAGGGGGCGACCUACAGGAGCAGUUCUUCUUCCGUUGAGCCGCCUCACAAACAAUCCAUCCCUUCCUUCUCUCCCCUUCCCCAACCCCACCCCCACCAGGGUGUCAUUCACGACAGGCGGCGACCUACAGGAGCAGUUCUUCCGAGUGGCUAAUGUGCUGCGUCAUGGCCUCCGCACCAUCGCCUUCUACCACUACCGCGCCCCCCAGCCUCCCCCUCCCCCCCUCCCCGCCACCCACCUCCCCUCCCCCCUCACCCUCCAACGCCUCCGCCCCUUCCCCUGCGCCGUCAUCCUCCCCAGCUGUUCCUCCUCCCCCGCCCCCCCCUCCGCCGCCCCCGCCUCCUGCCCCUCCUGCAUCUGCAUCUGCUUCACAGCCGUUCCUCUCCUCCAUCCAGCAGCGGCAGCAGCAGCGUCGCAGGGUGUGGUGGCGGAUGCAGAUGCGUCCCUGCGUGCAGUCAUAUGGCCGGGAGGCAUCACAGAGGUGGGUGGUUUGCCCUGUCCCCCCUUUUCUCCUCCCUCUCCCCCCGCCCGCUCUUCCGGCCUGCUCUGCCCGUCCCCUCUCUCCCCGCCCUCUCUUCUCGUCCCCUUUCCCCUCGUCCCCUCUCUGCCCGUCACCUCUCUCCCCGCCCUCUCUUCUCGUCCCCUUCCCCUCGUCCCCUCUCUGCCCGUCACCUCUCUCCCCGCCCUCUCUUCUCGUCCCCUUCCCCUCGUCCCCUCUCUGCCCGUCACCUCUCUCCCCGCCCUCUCUUCUCGUCCCCUUCCCCUCGUCCCCUCUCUGCCCGUCACCUCUCUCCCCGCCCUCUCUUCUCGUCCCCUUCCCCUCGUCCCCUCUCUGCCCGUCACCUCUCUCCCCGCCCUCUCUUCUCGUCCCCUUCCCCUCGUCCCCUCUCUGCCCGUCACCUCUCUCCCCGCCCUCUCUCCUCUUCCCCUUCCCCUCGUCCCCUCUCUUCACGUCCCCUCACUCCCCACCCUCUCUCCCCACUCUCUCUCCCCACCUCUCUCCCCAUCCUCUCUCACCACGCUCUCUCCCCUCGCCCCUCCCCAGGUACCUCUGGGAGCGUUCCCCAAGUCCUCUGCCCCUCUCCAGAUCGCCGUGCCAAACAAAAAGGUGCACCACGAGUUUGUGUUUGUGGGGGAGAGCAGCAACGGCACGUCGUCCAGCAACGACAAGUUCUCGGGCUUCUGUAUCGACGUCUUCAAGUCCGCUGUCGCGCUGCUGCCCUACACGCUCUCCUACCAGUUUGUCGCGUACGGCGACGGCCAGACCCCGCCCAGUUACGAUGCCAUGCUCUCUGCAGUCGCAAAUAAGACGUACGAUGCCGCGGUGGGGGACAUCACAAUCACAUCCGACCGAGCCCUGCUCGUGGACUUCACACAGCCCUUCGAGCGGGCGGCGCCCAACACAUGGGCGUUCCUGGCACCGUUCACCCCUCUGCCUUUCACCACCCCCUCUCCCCCCCGCAUCCUGCAGUCAUCUGGCCUGUCCUUCGUGGUGCCAGUGCAGCGGGCGGCGCCCAACACGUGGGCGUUCCUGGCGCCGUUCACCCCGGGCAUGUGGGUGCUGCUGUACGUGUCCUUCUUCUACACCGCGCUCGUCGUCUGGUUCCUCGAGCACCUGCAGAACGAAGACUUUGGCGGCAAGCUGCACCAGCAGCUCGCCACCAGCGUCUGCUCCUCCCUCCUCCCCUCUUGCCCCCAUUUCUUCCCCCUUUUCCCCCCCACUUCCUCCCCCUUUUCCCCCCACCCUCUUCCUUGUCCCCCUUCCUCUCCUCUCCCCACCUUCCUCUUCCACUCCCGGCUCCUCCUCAUGAGCAGGUUCUCCUUUGCCACCAUGACCUUCUCUCAUGGUACGCGCUGCCUGCCCUGCCACCAUUGUGCCACCAUCCUGCCACCAUUCUGCCACCAUCCUGCCACCAUUCUGCCACCAUCCUGCCACCAUUCUGCCACCAUUCUGCCCAUCCUUCUCUUCCCUCGUCCUCUCUUCCCCCACGCACACUACUCUCCUUUCUGCCCUUUCCCAUCUCUCUUUCCGCUUCUAUCACUCGCUCACACACUCUCUGUCACAGUCGCUCUUGCUCCACCCUUCUUUCUUUCUUCACCCUUUUCUCUUGUUAUCCACCCUCCUCUCCUUGCUUCACCCUGCUCCCUCCUUCUCACCCCUCACCCCUCCUCCCUCCCCCCCUCCUCCUUCACCACACCAGAGGAGCAAGUGCGCACGACGCUGGGUCGCACAGUGGUGAUCGUGUGGCUCUUCGUGGUCUUUGUCAUCUCCUCUGCCUACACUGCUAGUCUCUCCUCUGUUCUCACCGACUUCACAGCGCUGCAGCAGGGCAACCAGACCGUGGGAUACAGGGCGGGCUCCUUCACAGCGGCGUACAUGCAGGGCGUGGGCAUCAACGAGUCGCGCCUAGUGGCCAUAGACCCGGAGGGGGACUGGGAUGCGGUGGUGCAGGAGCAGCAGGUGGCGGUGGUGGUGGAUGAGGAGCCCUACCUCGACAUAUUCCUCUCCGACCACUGCUACUACACCAAGCCGCCUCACGCCUUUGCCACCUUCAACUUUGGCUUCGCGUUCCAGAAGGGGUCAUCUCUGACAGAGGACCUGUCUCUGGCGAUAGAGACCCUGGCACAGACCCUUUCCCCACGACUCGCUCUCCCCAACCAAUCUUCCCCACCACUGCUCUCUCUCUCUCUCUGCUCUCUGCCACAGGCGUUCCAGAGGGGGUCGUCUCUGACAGCGGACCUGUCUCUGGCGAUAGAGACCCUGGCACAGAACGGCCAGCUGCAGUCUCUGCAUGACCUGUGGCUCCGGGGCAAGGGCAGUUGCAGGCAAGGGCACGUGCAGUUCAGGGCUGGAGCUGGAGUCGAUGCGCCUGGGCCCGGACUCCUUCUGGGGGCUCUUCCUGCUCUACUUACUCUCUGCUAUGGGCACCUGCCUGCUCUACGCCGCUCUCCUCGUGUACCGUGGCCUCAAGGCCUUCCGGCUAGCGCAGCAGCAGGCAGCCGCAGAGAGGGCGGCGGCAGCGGAGCAAGAAGGGCAGGAGGGGGAACUUUUGAGGCGCCUCAAAAAUACCCUCACCCCCCCUCACUCCCCCUCACUCCGCCUCGCUCCCCCUCACUCCCUCGCUGCAGGCUAGCGCAGCAGCAGGCAGCCGCAGAGAGGGCAGCGGCAGCAGAGCAAGAAGGGCAGGAGGGGGAAGCCCCGUACGCAGUGGGAGUGACGCCAGUCCGUGCUCCUGUCAGCAAGCCCAGGCGCCUCAAGAGCCGCGUUCGCCACUACAAGAGUGCUUACACUGCGGGAGUGGAGUGGAGCAUGCAGCGCAACAUCGGGGUGUCCUCCUCCACACUCCACGGGUCCGACAGCAACCCCUCUAUGCACUACGAUGUCGGGUCCUGCCAAGCCAACUG